AUGCAAAAUGGCGACAUUGGCGACUCGCAAAUAACUGCGAGCAGCAGUUUUGACAAGCAGAGUGUGGGACCGCAGAAUGCCAGGUUACACUCCGAACUGGCUUCUGGAGCGUGGUGUCCGAAACCACAGAUAAACUCGAAGAGCUAUGAGUUUCUACAGGUACUCUCAACUUUAGAAAUACCUAUACUGAAUAGUAAAAUAUUUGAUCCAGGUCACUUUCAAUGACACAUUCCUGAUUACCUCUGUAGAAACGCAAGGAAGAUAUGGAAAUGGUACUGGAAGGGAGUUUGUCAGUCACUACAUGAUAGACUACCUAAGAGCUGGAAGUCAGUGGAUACGGUACAAAAACCGGACCGGACAUGUGGUACGUUUAAAAUUUCAAAUUGAAUUCCAGUGACGUAAAUGAACGACGUCAUUACAGUUGAUGAAUGGUAAUUUUGAUACGACGACGCCGGUCAUCAGGGUGCUGGAUCCUCCGAUCGUCGCCUCUCGCAUUCGAAUCGUGCCGGCAUCGAAAAGCACUCGAACAGUGUGCAUGAGGGCGGAAGUGCAUGGCUGCAAACACGAUGGUGAGCAGAACAAGCCGCAUCCGACUAAUCCUAGCUUUCCAGGUGUCAUCUAUUACUCAACGGUGCCAGAUGGUUCUCGUCUCGAUACUCUCGACUUCAAAGACAAUCUUUUCGAAGACAGCCAAAUGUACACCGAAUCGGGAAUCAAGCGGUUAGUAAGUGUGUUUCGAGACAAAGGACAUCACAAACCAGCGUCUAUAAAAAGUAGUAAAGUGUCCCGGUUGAUAACAGUUAACUUGAUUGAUGAGAACGAUCGACAGUUGCAAGUCAAGUGAUUUUUUGCAAUUUUCAGGGGACUCGGUCUUCUAACGGAUGGUUUUGUGGCGCAGACUUCGCCUUUUGAGAAGAACCACGUGAAUGAUAGUUGGAUUGGUUGGAAUAGGGACACUACUGGUGAGGGAACCUUCGGAAAUUUAUGAAGCAAGAAAGAAUGUGGUUGCAGAUGGACACAUCAACAUUCUGUUCGAGUUUGAAGAAGUUCACAACUUUACUGAUGUUGUUUUGGCGACGUUUGGAAACCGGAUUGAUCAGAUUGACGUCAUUUUCAGGUAAAUUCAAAUGGAAACGAUUGUUUAAGUCGAAUCUUUUAUAAUUGCAGUCAGGACGGAAAAACAUUUCCACUAUUCUCACAAAUUUCAUCGAGUGAACGGCAAUCCGUCAACAAUACCAGUCGAAGGUACGUAUUUUUGAAAAGAAAACAACUUCAAGAAAUAGUACAAUUUGUUCAUUUCCAGAUAUGAUUUCCGAGUUCCUCUCCAUAAUCGGGCUGGUCGCAAAGUGCGAAUUUCCAUCAAAUUCUCAUCCGAUUGGAUGUUUCUGACUGAAGUACACUUUACUUCCGGUAUAUAAAAACAUUUCAAUUCGGUUUUCAUAAUACUUCCGUUUCCAGCAGCCAACUUGACACUGAUGUCGGAAAAGAUACCCACAACUCAAUCGGCUGCUACACAACAGCUUCUCGUCGUUUGUGGAAUUGUAUUUCUGACUGUCUUUGCCUGUGUCGCGUAUUGCAUAUCCGUUUGUCUCAAGCGACGCCAGAAGAACAAAAGCGUCGAUUCCGUGGGUCUAUCGGAAACAUUAUUAAUGAAUAAAUUCAUCUGCAGAAUGUCAAGAAGGAUCUUAUCAUCACUCAUAUGGGCAAUAAACCAACGUGUCACGUGUUCCCGUCGAACAACAAACUUUCAAAUGGUCACUAUGAAGUUGCGAAUGAUAUUGUGUAUGCUAGAUCACAGAAGUCUACUCUUCUAAGGUAAUAGAAACAUGGGUAGACGUGACGUAAUAAUAAGAUAUUCCUAGUGUUUCUUCCAAAUCAAGCUCUUCAUGUCGGCAAAUUCCUCCAACUUGGCAUGAUUUCAACUUCCCUCCGCCGCCAGAAGGAAGAGGUGCGGAUAAUAAAUAGAUCUCAAGUAAAACGUAUUUUUUUAUAGAAGAACACACCUACUCGCAACCGGUAUCUCCUGAAAACAGCAGUAACGGAUCCUACAGAAGUGUUCGUAAAAUCCCAGCUCUGUAAGAAUGCAAUAAUUUCAACCAUUCACAUCAUCAUUUUAGAAAGAAAUAUCCAACGAGCGCUCUUCUAAUUGGAAAAGCAAUUGGAGAAGGGAAGUUCACGAUCAUCAAAGAAUGUAUCAUUUUCGGAGGCCUCAAGUGUGCUCACAAAUCGACAAAGGAAAAGGAUUGCGUGCAUGGUACACGAGCAAUGGGCGAUGAGAUAGCAUGUCUGUUGAAAUGCGGAAGGCAUCAAAGAAUCGCCGAAAUGUACGGAGUUGAUGAGUCAUACAAUUUGCUUAUGGAACAUGUCGAAUACGGAUGCAUCAGAAACUUUUGGCUGGCUUCUGCUGCGCCAUUAGAGUAAGCGGGAGGGCCCGGAACCUUAUGAUCCGUUUUUUUCAGCACUGAAUUCUUGGUGCGUAUUUGCAAAGACGUGUACUUGGCAAUGGCGUUUUUGGAGAGCAAACGGAUAGUUCACGGACAUUUCACCCCCAACAAUAUUCUGUUGGACAGUGACUUCCACGCAAAGAUCUGUUCGCCACGUGGACCGUCUCAUCACGCUCAGUUGCGCUAUUCUGCUCCGGAAUCUAUUGUGAAUGUAAGAACGUUAGAAUCAUUUUAUUUCUCACCCCCAUUUCCCAGAACGAAUUCACGCACAAGUCGGAUGCAUGGGCAGUUGCCUCGACUGUGUACGAGAUGGCUUAUCAGUGCCGUCAACGACCAUACGAGGAAUUAACCAACGAGCAGAUCGUUGAUAACGCUUGUGCUCUUCUAGAUCAUCAACCAGAGGCGGUGAGAGAAAUUGAAAUUGGAGACUACAGAAAAUAAAAACCAGGAAGUUUGCAGAUUGUGCCCAUGAUGCCGACAGUCUUCAGCUACGAGAUCUUGCAGCUCUUGACGCGCUGUUUCCGAGUCAGUCAGACAGAUCGACCGACGUUCGAACGACUCUUGAAACCGUUUCAAGACUAA